AUGGCUGCUAUUAUAACAGCCCCAGUCCUCGUUACCAACAUCGGCGUGGUAAUGUUAAUAGUAUGCAAAGAUCGUUUGAAAACUCCAUCCAACGCAAUCUUGUUAAGUAGCUGUGUGGUUUGCCUCGUUUUAGCGAUCGAAUUAAUAGCAAGUGCUAUCGCAUCCAUUCUUAUUUCGGAUAUUACUAAAUUUACAGGAUUACUGUGCAUAUUAAACAAAUCUACAGAGUUAACUUUGUGUGCUGUCUUUAACUUCCAUGUUACUGCUAUUAGCCUAGAAAGAUAUUAUUCGGUUAUUUUUCCAUUUAAAUAUCAAAAACUAUCCGACAGAAAAAAUACAGCUAUUGCCACUAUUCUACUAUGGACUAUUCCCUUUAUCAUUAUUUAUCUACCAGUAACAAUUUCGGCAAUUCAAAUUAAUCAAGGCUGCUCUAACUGGACUGAUAUUUAUAGCGUUAAAGUAGCAUUUUAUUACGUACUUUUCCCCUUUACCUUAUUCCUACCUCCCAUUGUAACUUUAUUCGCUUAUACAUCCAUAAUCUAUAAGAUAUAUGCUAUAACGCGUAAAACUUGGCCAGCUACUACUGAAAAUUCAAAUCCAGAACCACGCAACGUAGCCUUCCAAUUAAUUAUUAAUCAUAAGAAAGCGCUAAUUCAAAUGCUUAUGAUGCUUGGAACUUAUGCGCUAUCUUUUUUCCCCUUUUUUGCUUUCUAUAUCAUUUACGUUGAAAGUCGUGGUCAACAGUUUAUUACUGCCACUUACGUAAGUUAUUUGAUCGCUGUUGCCUAUCUUUUUAGCCAUCCGAUACUCUUAGUACUUUUUACCGCUUCUAUUAAGGAAGAGGUUAAAAAAGUACUCAAAUCCAACUUUACAUGCCUAAGUCGAAUAUUUGGAGGUCAUACAAAAUCAAAUCCAGACACUGAUGAUAAAGUAACAAGAUCAAGCCAUUUGGACCCGGUGCGAACCACUGUCAUUAGCAAGAUUGCUAUUGCUACAUGA